AUGGUCUCGGCUAGCAUUGCUCUUGGUACUCGUCUCCAUCUAUUUGAAGCUUUAGCCAAAGUAGGAAGCGAGCAAGAACCCGCCUCUGCUGAGCAAGUCGCAGAGGAGGGCGGUUACAAGGAA